UCUCAUGCUUUCGCCGAAAAGCAUUUUAAAAAUCUGACUUGUUGCCUGGAUUCACAACGAGUGUAGCUUUAAUUCGAUACCCUGCAUGUGUAUUUUAAUGAACUUUUGAGUUUUAACUAAUACUAUUAGCAUUUAGCGUAGCGCAUUUGCAUUUCCAGAGCUCUAGUUGGGACGCAAGCGUCCCGAGUAGAAGCAACAGGUUAAGUAAACAUAUCCGUAGACGAUGUUUAAAACUUAUGAUUAAUGAUUUGAGUCAAAGGGGAAUUAUCAUUAGGUUUUAGUUAUAGUUCACUUAUUGAGUUUCUGAUUCGAGGUAGCAUUAGUGAAUGAGAGUUAGGUGUGUGGUGUCUCAUUUUUAGAGGCCUCCUGGGAUUAUAACUUUGGGGAGAGUGGGGGAGAGAGCAGCUUUAAACGACCAAAUUGAAAAAGGUCUGCAAAUUAUACACAUAAAACAACUGUUAGAACUGUUUGUUUUAGUGCAAGGGUAUUUUAAAGAGGCACGCUCACAUAUGGAACCUUAUGAGAUGUUAUUUUAUGGGUUUUAAUUACACAGGUGACUAUUUCUAUUGUAAGGAUAAAGGAUUCGUUAUGUCUAUAAUGGUAUGACCUUUUGACCUUAUCAUGACUGGCUUCUGAGGUCUGAUCAGCCUCAGGGGAGAGUCAUUUGUAUAAUGAAUAUUGAGUUCAUAUUGAGUCAUAUUGAGUUACUAGUUUUAAGGUAAAUUCAUUAGAAAUGAAGCAGUUUUGGUUGAGGGGUUAUAAUUAGUGUUUGAACCGCAAAUGAGAAAGUGGUUCAGGAUUCCGUCUUAUAACAUUAGCUGUGAAGUUGUUGAAUGGGCUAUUAGUGAUUUGGUAUUGUAACAGAGAGAAAGUCAUAUUCAUCAUUGAGAAUAAAUAGGGGAAGAUAACAUAUUUUGAGCCAACAGGGCAGGGAAGAAAUUGAGAUAUUUUUGUUUGGUUUUAACACCCGUGUACAGGAGUGUCAAAAGACGGGGGACAUUACCUGUGUAAUGGGGGAGGGUGUCCGUAUGGGGAUUACAUGAUAACCAACUUAGGACAGUUCUGGGAUUGGAGAAGAGGAUAUCCUUAUAGCAUAGGGGAUCCCAUAAAGGUGGAUAGGUUUUCCAUGAUAUGGGGGAAACCUGGGAGCACUGUUGAACUUUGUAAAGGUGAUGAAAUCCUACUAACCAUCAAAACUAUUAAGCUCUCUGAUGCAGGCACUUACACCCUCGGACCACAAAGGACCGUGACAGACACGAUGGGUGUGUUUCCUAUUAAGGUACUGCCAAAACCAGAGGUCCCAGACGAACCAGGGCCAGACAUACUCCUCUACCACCCCUGGACCGAACCUGCCACCACUGGAUAAAAAAUCCCAUUCAGGUAAUUAAUGUUAGACUAUUCAACUAUUAAUCAAUUAGGCACUGAGACUGGUUUUGAUGGUAGGGACAAUUUGUGGCUGUCUUAUAAAGAAUAGACUUGCUUUGGAUAUGCUUCUUGCCAGUCAGGGGGCGUCUGCAAGAUGUUCGGUGAACAAUGUUGCACGUAUAUUCCUAAUAACACCAGUCCAGAUGGUAGUAUAUCUAAUGCCCUUAAAUGGGCUUGAUGCACUAUCUGCUGAGAUGAGGACCAUGGCGGGGGUGGAGGAGUCUGAUGUCUUGGCCUGGUUUGGUAAGUACACUGGUAUGGUGGUUACUGGAUUUCUGACCCUAAUUAUUGUAUUUUUGUUAUUGAUGUGUUGUGCUGCUUGCAUCAUACCGUGUUUCAAGAAGUCUGUUACAGAUGUGGUGAAGGCUUCAGGCAUGAUGCCUUUGCUUGAUGCUCCAGUUGGAGAUGCGGAUACUGAAGCAUGCUUUCAGGGGAGGAUGAGACUGACUGAGGAUGACCCAUGUAUGUUUGUUCUCCCUGUCGUGAAGGGUGGCAUGGUGCCCACCUGGUGCAGGAUAGGAGUAGCUGAGAGGACCAGAUGGGUUAUAAUAAUGCUUUGUUCUGCUUUACUCUGUUUUCCAUGACCAAAGUUUUAUUCCACACUUUGCAACACAUAUUAAAUCCAUGUUAUUGUCAGAUAGAAUACUGAGGGUCCCCAAGGAGAGGGCUUGUUAGUGUAGGAAGGAUUUUUAAUAUGGUUAGCAUUUAUUAGACCUUGAUUGAUUAUUAUAAGUUUUUAAAUAGUAUUACAUUUAACAGGAAUAUAGGACAUCUGUGAUAAUUUAGGAUUAUUGUUAGGAUUAAGAUAGAUUGAUUAAGGAAAUGUAAGGAAUUUAGAGAAAAGCCAUAUCUAUAGACAUGAUAGUUCCAUGCGAGAGGGGAGUCUAACAAUUAGUGGCGUGAGAUAACGAUUAUUAGAGUUCUUUACUGACACAACCGGAAAAUACGGUUUUAACUAGGGCCUUACAAACCCUGGGCUUAUAGUUGUAAGGUUAGACCUAAAAAUCUGAUUCAAAAGUCAAAGCUAUUGGUAAGAUUUCCAUAAAAGAGCUAAACUUAAUCAUGAGAGAUUAAGCCGAAUAAGCAGGAGAGGGUAACUUAAAUCUAAAGAAAUGAGAUAAAGCCAAACAGUGAGACAUGUAGUUCAAAUUUGGAAACAUGAGAAACAGAGCCACAGGCAGACAGAAGAGCCCUCCCCCGCACUGCAGAGACCUUGAAGGUUGGAGAGCAGAGAGAAGUUUAGAAGGGGAGCCAGGACGAGCAAAGAUAACAUAGUGUGUAGAUAACAGUUACUGAGUGGAGACAAAAGCGAGAAUUGGACAUGUGGAAAAUGAAAGGGGCACUCCUAAAUGAUAAUGUCAGACAUAAGGAUAAUUCACUAAAUCUUACCUUAAGUCAUUGUUUAAAAAUAAGGCAAGGUGGUUACCUGGGCAGAGCCAGGUAACAAAGGGGGGAUGGGUAAAUAGUGUUCUAGAAUAGGAUGUGACCUACGGGAUAAUUAACUAAUACUUUUUUUUUUAGCUAAUAAACAGAACGAAUAAGAAACUGUUUUAUUAACCAAACCUGUAUGUCCAAGAUUUUAUGCACUACAGGUGAAAUACAGGUGAAGUCACUCAAUCCAGUCCCAUAGGCCUGUUGGGGGGACCAUUCCAAGUACUACUGGUGACUGCCUUCGCUGUGAGAUUAGCCGAAAGAUCUACCUGGGUGCAUAUCACACAUGACUGCAGGGUGGGAGAUGCAACAAUGGCCUUGAGAACAGCAGGAAGUGUGUUGGUGGUCUUUCUCUGGUCUGUAGCAGUGGUACUGGGUCAGGAUGGCUGGAGUGUUACAUACACCACUCAGAGUAUCUGUACCUUGAAGGGGUCAGGCUCUUACACAUAUCCCAGUGGCUAUACAAUCACAACAACCUUCUGGUUCACUAAAUAUGAUGCUGAGGUUCCUGUUAGUCUGAGUGAUGACCCAGACUACAAAGGACGUGUGACGUACCAUGAGGAUGAAGAGAAUGGUCACACCCUGACAAUCACAGACCUGAGAGAGAGUGACUCAGCUGCGUACAUGUUCAGAUUUACAGAUCAGACUGGAACAUGGAGAUAUACUGGCGAACCUGGAGUCACUCUGUCUGUUACAGGUCUUCAGGUGAAGGUGACUGGUGGACAUCAGGAUAAGACACUGACCUGUAGCACCACAUGUACUCUGACUGACAACCCCACCUACAUCUGGUACAAGAACGGACAACAUCUAGAUGAGAGCACCUCCCCCCAGUACAAAGACCCAGUCUCCAGUAACUAUGAAGACAGCUACUCCUGUGCUGUAAAAGGCCAUGAGGACCUCCACUCUCCUGCAGUGUGUGUCCAGGAUCAGGACUGCAACAUAGUGACUUACACCAAGAGGACAAUCUGUGCCUUGAAGGGGUCAACAGUGGACAUAUCCUGUACUUAUGGCAGUGGUUAUGAUACUGUCAUAUCAUCACUCUGGUUUAGUCCUAAACAGAGAUCUAGGUGGAGGGAUAAGUUGAUGCCUGAGGACCUAACCACAGACCCAGGAUAUGCAGGUCAUGUGGAGUAUGUUGGAGAGAAGGAGAGAGGUCGCUCCACCCUGAGAAUCACAGAUCUGAGAAUCACAUAUCUGAGAGAGGAGGACUCUGCUGAGUACAAGUUCAUAUUCAACACACAGACAUCAAGAUGGGGACACAGUUUCCCUGGAACAACUCUGACUGUCACAGACCUGCAGGUGAAGGUGACACCUGCCACAGAGGCAGGGAAGAGGACACUGACCUGUAUCACCACCUGUACUCUGACUGACAACCCCACCUACAUCUGGUACAAGAACGGACACAAAGUAAAGGAGGACACUUCCAGCCUGUAUUCAGACUCCUUUAGUGAUGCAGACAGUUACUCCUGUGCUGUAAAAGGCUAUGAUAAUAUCUUCUCUCCUGCAGUGUGUCAGAAGUGUUGGAGUUUGACUUACACCCAUCAGAGUAUCUGUGCCUUGAAGGGGUCAACAGUGGACAUAUCCUGCUCUUACACAUAUCCCAGUUACCAUGAGAUCAAACAAGCUUUCUGGUUUACUAAAUGGUCUGGUAUGGAGGCUGAAGAUCUGAGCUCAGUGCCAGGGUAUGAGGGUCAUAUAGAGUACCUUGGGGAUAAGGAGAGGGACUGUACUCUGAGAAUCACAGACCUGAGAUUGAGUGACUCUGCUGGGUUCAGAUUCAGAUUCAUAACAUCUGGAGAAAAGUUUUCUGGCUCACCUGUCUCCCUGACUGUCUCAGAUGUUGUGUUGGAGAUGGAUCCUACAUCUGUGUCAGAGGGGGAGAGAGUCACACUGAGAUGUAGAACCAAAUGUACACUGGUCCCCAACACAGCCUACAGUUGGUAUAAGAAUGGACAGUCUAUACCAAACAGCAACACCUCCUCUCCUGUCUAUAUCCUAUUCUCAGUCAGCAGUGAGGAUACAGGCAGAUACUCCUGUGCUGUAGAAGGACAUGAGGAUCUCCCCUCUGCUGAAGAGACUCUCACUGUCAGAUAUGGACCAAAGGUCACCUCAGUAUCAGUCAGUCCCUCUGGUGACAUAGUGGAUGGCAGUUCAGUGACUCUGACCUGCAGCAGUGAUGCCAACCCACCUGUGGACAAAUACACCUGGUACAAGAAGAACGUAACCUCACCAAAAGCAUCAGGACAGAGUUACAGCAUCACUAACAUCAGCUCUGAGGACAGAGGAGAAUAUUACUGUGAGGCCCAGAAUGGAAGAGGAUCUAUGAACUCUACAGCUCUGAUGAUCAUUGUAGCAGUAAAUCCUGCAGCAGUGUUUCCCUGGGUUCAUGUGGUCUGGGUGGGGGCUGUCCUGACUGCUGGAGCUCUGCUCCUCGCCAUCUACUGCACUCUGAAGAGGAGAUACACAGGAGGAAGUGAUGCCACAACAGACACACAGAGUGUCCAUCCUGACUGUAACAGUGACACUUACACAGGUCUGAAGAUGAGGACCAUGUCCCCUGACUACGACUCUCUGGCAAGUGUCCAUUCUGACCCUAACAGUAACAAGUGCACAUCUCUGAAGAAGAAUACCAGGUCACCAGAGUGACAUCCAGGCAGUAGAGAGAUAGUGAACCACCACAGAGCCUGGACUGAAUAGAACCACCACAGAACCUGGACUGAAGAGAACCACCACAGAGCCUGGACUGAAUAGAACCACCACAGAACCUGGACUGAAGAGAAGCACCACAGAACCUGGACUGAAGAGCUACGGUUCCAAUCCAAAGCCAGGCCUCACACCUCUAUUCUCUUGCAACCAUAUCUAGAUGGUUUUCCAGACCAGGAACUUUAGCUUUGAGUAAAUGCUGGAAUAUAUGUGUUAUUUUCUUAUUAUGAUGAUAAAUGGGAUGGGUUAUGCUUCUGCUUUUUUUCAAUGGGAUUCUCCCAUUUCCAUAUUUGUUUCUUGUGUCCCAAUCUGUUUCCUAUCUGUAGUUUAAGAUUACAUUUCUGAUCUGUUUCUAUGGGGUUUUGCCAUAUACAGAUGUUUUAUAACAUCAAUAGUACUACUUUCCUCAGUAACUAAUGUGGAUAAUAUUGAUAACAGCUUUCUAUAAUUUGUUCAGCUUUUGGGCCAAGUUUCUCCUGAUGUGUUUAAUGAUUUACUUUGUAUUGCUGUCAGACAUUAUUACUUAUUUUUAUGUUUUAUAUUACGUAAUCCUAUAUUGUUUUAUUUUAUUUUAAAAAAUGUAAUCAGUACAUUACAUACAUUUAAGCAUUUGCAGUUUUUUACAUGUUAUAUUAAUUAUAAUUGUAUAUUAAAAUUGUAUAUUAAAAA